AUGGCGGACGAAGUUAUUAAUUUUCGUGUCCUUACAGAAGACGAGAAGAAAAAACUUGAUGACGAUAGCAAGAUCGUGUCAGAAUUUAAGCAGAAUAAGCUAGAAAAAGAAGCCCAAAAAAAUUGGGAUUUAUUUUAUAAGAGAAACGCCACAAACUUUUUCAAAGACAGACACUGGACCACUGCAGAAUUUAAAGAGCUGUUAUUUGACGGUAGAAAUAGUGAGUCAGAUAUUGAUACAAGCAAAGUUUUAUUGGAGGCUGGAUGUGGAGUUGGAAAUCUGUUCUACCCAUUACUUGAGGAAAUCCCAAAUCUCUUCAUUCAUGCAUGUGAUUUUUCAAAAAGAGCCAUUGAUUUUGUGAAGGAACAUCCCACAUUUAGUGAAGAAAAAGUAAAUGCCUUCCAUUGUGACCUAACAGUGGAUGCUUUGGAGUCCCAUGUGUUAAAAUGUAGUGUGGACAUUGCAACUUUGGUGUUUGUCCUGUCUGCUGUCCAUCCAGAUAAAAUGUUGACUGUUCUUCAUAAUAUAAUACAGGUUCUCAAGCCAGGUGGAUUGCUGUUCUUUCGUGAUUAUGGGUUAUACGACCACGCCAUGUUAAGAUUUAGUCCUGCUAACAAGCUGUCAGUUAACUUUUAUGUCAGACAAGAUGGCACCAGAGCUUAUUAUUUUUCAAAAGAUUUGGUUGAGAAGCUUUUCCACCAGGCUGGAUUUGAAACAUUAGUCAGUGAUUAUGCUCACAGGAGGACAGUUAAUAAAAAAGAAGGAGUUGAUGUUCCAAGGAUAUUUGUACAAGCUAAAUUUAGAAAACCAGGAAAGCCUGGAUGAGGUACUUCCAUGACCCUAGUCACUGGGAUGUAUCGCAAAUGAGCUGAGAUAGCCAGUUGUGGUCAACAUCAAGAGAACUGUCUAGAAAUAAUGAAGAGAGUUUAAGAGAAGGCUUUCUAGCUUGAUCAUGGGCUGCCUGUUGACUUUGGAUUACCAACACAGGGCAAUCAUAAGGCUAGACACCACAAGUCUUUGAAUUUGUGAUAGCAAUGACCAACAAACAUUGAAGAAUUCAAGGCAAUGAUUCUUAGAUAUCAUUAAAUAAGCUAGGACUCCUCAAACUAAUAUGCUUCACAAAAAAUAGCUGUAAGUGCUUUAUACAUUUCUGGAGCAAUUGCUUCCAAAAGUCUUUGAGCUUCAAAGGUUACAAAAAACAUAAAUACAUUCAUCAGAACCUUUCUCAUUAUAUAGUUGACUAACUGAGCAAAUUAUAGGUUUCCCCCUCACGAAAAAAA